ACGAUUCUAAUCAAAGCGAGCCCCAUUUGAAUACUAGUCUUCCCGCUCCCUAAAACUUCAGAUUUUCAUUUGAAUCAAUUCACUCUUUCUCUCUCUAGUUUCUCUCUCAUGGCACCACCGUUCAUCUUCCCCCAAACUCUCACUUCCCUUGAAGAAGAUAACGAUUCCGACUACACGCGCCUCACCGUCCAAAACCCCUCUCCCAUAUCAUCCCUCCGCCCAUCGGAGCUUGAAGAAUUCGUGAAAGGGGUUUCGUUUGAUUUGUCGGACAAGGAAUUAUUCUGCGUGGAAGAGCAGGAAGUAUUUGACCGGGUGUAUUCACUCGUGAAGAAUUUCACCAGCCUCAGUCCUGGUAGCAAAUUCAAUCUGGUGGAGUCGCUGAGGUCUAAUUUGAGCGUGUUGUUGCCGAAUGUCGACUCUCUCUCUCGAUCGCGCAGGUCCGUUUCGCGGGACGAUGGGCACGACGAGAACAAUGAGCCCGGUGGUGAACAUUCAGUUGCCGAUAGAUUGGCAUCGCAUCGGAAUGCCUUCAAGAUUUACUCGUUUUUUCUUGUGCAUAUCCUACUCAUCAACGAGUCGAGUUCGAGCUCCGUUAACAAUGCUGCUGCUAAAGUGUUAGCUUCCAGUAAGAAGAAACGGCCUGUAGAUUCUUGGAAUUGGGAGCCUCAGAGAGGAAGAAUACUGAAUUUAAUUGCUAAUUCGUUAGAGAUCAACCUCUCAUUGCUCUUUGGUUCAUCUGACCCUGACGAAAACUACUUAUCCUUCAUUAUGAAAAAUGCAUUCCUCAUGUUUGAGAAUGCGUUGCUGCUCAAAGAUUCCGACAUAAAAGAUGCUUUAUGCCGUAUAAUUGGGACAUGCGCAACUAAAUACCAUUAUUUAGCACAAUCAUGUGCUUCCAUUUUGCACAUGAUUCAUAAAUAUGAUUUUGUCGUUACCCAUUUGGCUGAUGCUGUUGCUGGAGCUGAAAAGAAAUAUGCUGACGGGAGCAUGGCUACUUCCCUUAUUCGGGAGAUUGGAAGGAUGAAUCCAAAAGACUAUGUUAAAGACACUGUUGGGGCUGAAAAUAUUGGGAGGUUUCUUGUAGAGCUAGCUGAACGGUUGCCAAAGCUGCUCUCGACUAACAUUGGCUUAUUGGUCCCACACUUUGGUGGGGAAUCUUACAAGAUAAGAAAUGCACUUGCUGGGGUGCUGGGUAAGUUAAUUGCAAAGGCCUUUAAUGAUGACGAAGGUGAAGUUAGUUCAAAAUCUAUACGUCUUCGCACAAAACAAGCCAUGCUGGAAAUUUUGCUGGAGCGCUGUCGUGAUGUGUCAGCUUAUACUAGGAGUCGGGUUCUUCAGGUUUGGGCUGAAUUAUGUGAAGAGCACUCCGUCUCAAUUGGUUUGUGGAAUGAGGUGGCAACAGUUGCUUCUGGGAGGCUGGAAGAUAAGAGUGCUAUAGUCAGAAAAUCGGCACUUAAUUUACUUAUCAUGAUGCUGCAGCACAACCCUUUCGGACCCCAACUUCGAGCAACUUCUUUCGAGGCAACUCUAGAGCAGUACAAGAAGAAGUUAACUGAGCUGGCACCAAAAUGUACCCCUCAGAACUCAGAUGAGCCUCUGUUAGAUAACGAAGUUUUGUGUGGAGAGAGUGGGGUGGAAGAUGAAGAGGUUGAAGGAGUAUCCAAGGAUCAGGAUAGUUUAAGUGAUAGCUGCUUACCAAAUGCGGGAGAUGGACAGGUUCAGGUGGAUAAUUCUGUACCGGAUGUUGGUAAUGUCGAGCAAACAAGAACCUUGGUCGCUUCACUUGAGGCUGGUUUGAGAUUCUCGAAAUGUAUAUCUGAAUCAAUGCCGACCCUUGUUCAGUUAAUGGCUUCGUCGUCUUCAGGUGACGUGGAGAAUACUAUUCUUUUGCUCAUGAGAUGCAGACAGUUUCAGAUUGAUGGAUCCGAAACCUGCCUCCGCAAGAUGCUCCCUUUGGUUUUUUCUCAAGAUAAAUCGAUUUAUGAGGCUGUUGAGAAUGCUUUCAUCACAAUAUAUAUAAGGAAGAACCCGGUGGAAACUGCUAAGAAUCUUUUGAAUCUUGCCGUAGAUUCAAAUAUUGGAGAUCUGGCAGCUUUGGAAUUCAUACUUGGAGCCCUGGUGUCCAAAGGCGAAAUAACUGCUAGCAUGUUAUCAGCGUUAUGGGAUUUCUUUUGUUUCAACGUUAGUGGAACUACUGCUGAGCAAAGUCGCGGUGCUUUGUCAGUGUUGUGCAUGGCAGCAAAAUCUUCACCCACUGUUCUGAGUUCUCACCUUCAAGAAAUUGUCGAUAUUGGAUUUGGUCGAUGGGCAAAAGUGGAACCACUCCUUGCUAGGACAGCAUGCUUAGCACUACAGAGGUUGUGUGAAGAAGACAAGAAAAAGUUGUUGUCAACUAAUGGAACUCGUGUGUUUGGUAUUUUAGAGAGUUUAGUUUCCGGCUUUUCACUUUCCGAAAAUAUAUGGUAUGCUGCCGUUGAUAAAGCAAUAGCUGCUCUUUAUGCUAUUCAUCCUACACCCGAAACAAUAGCUGCAGAUCUGGUGAAAAAAUCCUUGAAAUCUGCAUUUGAAUCCGGUGAAGGAAGUGAAAUGCAAACUGAUAUUGCUUCUGGCACCACUGUUCAAGUUACGAAACUCAGCAGAUAUCUAUUCAUUGUUAGUCACGUUGCAAUGAACCAAUUGGUCUAUAUCGAAUCAUCUAUUCGAAAGAUUCAGAAAGCAAAAUCCAAGAAAGAGAAAAUGGAUGCUGAGAAGAAGAAUCUUGAUGCGAAUACAGAAUCUGAUGUACAAAAGGAUGAUGGCAUUAAUUCAGAGUUAGGUCUUGCAGCAUCGGAGGAUGCAAUGCUUGAUACCUUAGCUGAAAGAGCAGAGAAGGAAAUUGUUUCUAGUGGUAGUGCUGAAAAGAACUUGAUCGGACACUGUGCACCAUUUGUGUCCAAACUAUGUAGAAACUUUAGUAUAAUGCAGAAGUAUCCUGAACUGCAGGCAUCUGGAAUGCUUGCUCUAUGUCGUCUAAUGAUAAUUGACGCAGACUUUUGUGAAUCAAAUCUCCAACUGCUUUUCACCGUUGUGGAGAAUGCGGUGUCAGAUACCGUCCGAUCAAAUUGCACCAUAGCUCUUGGAGAUCUGGCCGUUCGUUUUCCCAACCUAUUAGAGCCCUGGACAGAAAACAUGUACGCACGUCUUCGAGAUCAGUCCGUGUCUGUCCGAAAGAAUGCUGUCUUGGUUCUUUCCCAUCUUAUACUAAACGAUAUGAUGAAGGUGAAAGGCUAUAUAAAUGAGAUGUGCAUGAGGUUAGAAGAUGAAGAUGAAAGGAUUUCAAAUUUAGCCAAAUUGUUUUUUCACGAGCUAUCGAAAAAAGGAAGCAAUCCUAUAUAUAACCUGCUUCCAGAUAUUCUUGGAAAAUUGUCCUGCCAGAACUUGAAAGGGGAGUCCUUUUGCAACAUUAUGCAGUUUCUAAUUGCUACCAUCAAGAAGGAUAAACAAAUGGAAGCUCUAGUUGAGAAGCUAUGCAACAGGUUCACAGGUGUCUCAGAUAUUAGACAGUGGGAAUAUAUUUCUUACUGUCUCUCUCAGCUAGCAUUUACCGAGAAGAGCAUGAGGAGGCUGAUGGAGUCGAUUAAGGCGUACGAACAUGUCUUAUCGGAAGACACUGUUAUGGAUAAUUUUAGAAAUAUAAUUAAUAAGGGGAAAAAGUUUGCGAAACCGGAGGUGAAAUCGAGCAUUGAAGAGUUUGAGGAGAGGAUUAAUAAGUUGCACAACGAAAAGAAGGAACAAGUACUAACCGAAAAGAAUGCGCAAGCACAUCAAGAAAAGGUUGAUAAUUUCGAAAGCUUAAUUGCAACCAAGAAAGAUGGAGACGAAAGCGGUGAAUCCGAAAUCACCGAGGACGAAGAAGAAGAGGAGGAAGAGGAAGAAGAAGAGUUUGAUAAUUCAGUGGAGAAUAGUGAAAUUUUGUGUACGAAAUCGAAAGGCAAGAAAUCGAGAACACGUUCGGAUGGUUUGAGUGAGGUGACUGAGUUGGAAUCGGGUGAUGAUGAAGAAGUUGAAUCAUCUUCUGUUCAUCUAAGAGAUGCAUCUAAAUCCAGGACUAAGAGAAGCAGCACAAGGUCUCGAAAUGUUUGUCCUGACAGCUCCGUUAGAAGAACGACGAGGUCUAACCGAAGGUAGGGAAUGAAGGACAGAAAAUGCAUGUUUCUGGAUAUGAAAACGUUGUUGUAGAUGUGUAUGUAUUGUGUGUAAUCAUGUGUGGUUUUUUAAAUUUCAUUACAUAUAAUACUUUUAUGUAUACAUACAGACCACAUUCAACUCAAAUGUGGUAUGUAUGCCUUGUAAUGAACUUGCUUUUUUUCUGCUUA